AAUCAGGAGGGGGACGAGCAGCAUGGGAUCGUGCGGGGAGAGAGGAUGCUGAGGACGGGAUGAGAAGUCAUUGUGAGCCCCGCACGGGAUCCCGCACACCGCGCUGACAACUAGCUGGGGAUGCACUAAAACACCAGUGGAGGGGAGUCCCUAAAGAACCUACAGGAUCCUGGAGUCCCAUAAAAUGCGGGAGCGCACAGACACCCAGUGAGUGGUGGAGAAUGGAGGGACACAGCAGAGGUCUAUGAGGUGGAGGCAGGUAGAGCACGGACCAGAGCACUUCAGCUUCUGAAGAGUUAACCCCAUAGUGAUCUGUGAGGGGCACCAGUGGAUUAUUAAGGUGCUCCCUGCAGCCAGAGGCUCCACUCAGCUCUGCAGACUACAAACAGGGGAGACCAGAUUUCAGACACUUCACAAAGGACAAAUGAAUGAUCACCAUGCCACCAGGAACUGUCCUCCUUACCGCCUUGUGUUUUCUUGGCAUCUCCAGUGCACAAGCCUAUUUUACAUUUUCACAGAACAGCACAAUGUUCAACCACCUCACCCUGGAUGCCAACACAGGGACUCUAUAUCUUGGUGCCACAAACAAUCUUUACCAGUUGACGGAGGAUUUAAUGCUUGAGACGGAACCAGUUCAGACUGGACCUGUGUUGGAUAGCAAGGACUGUUUACCGCCAGUCACCAGCGAAUGUGCACAUGUACAGAAUACAAAUAACCACAACAAGCUUUUGCUGGUGGUGCCAAGCCAAAAAGAGAUCAUAGUAUGUGGCAGUGUUUUUCAAGGCAUUUGCGAGAAAAGACUGUUAGGAUCUAUUAAUGAGGUCCUCUUUAGACCCGAAAGACCAGUAGACUCUCAGUAUGUGGCUGCAAAUGAUCCAAAUGUUACCACGGUUGGCUUGGCUGGGCUUUCCAAGGAUGGCACACCUCUUUUGUUUGUAGGAAGAGGAUACACCAGUAAAGGAGUGGGUGGCAUUCCUCCCAUCACGACUCGCAAUCUGAAUGGUGGAAGUGACUCUCAUUCCGUCUUCUCAUAUGAAGAGACAGCCAAAUUAGCAGUAGUUGGGAGACUCUCAGAGUAUAACCACCACUUUGUCAAAGUCUUUUCUCACCGUUCCAAUGUAUAUUUCCUAUUUUAUCGUCGUGACCUAAAAUCACCCUCCCGGGAAUAUAAAACCUAUAUUUCCCGUAUCUGCCCUGAUGACUCCCAUUACUAUUCCUAUGUUGAGUUGCCUCUUAGUUGCCAAACUAAAGAUAGUAGUAGAAGCUACAAUCUUCUUCAGGCUGCCUAUGUCUCCCAGCCUGGAGAGAAGAUGGCAAGGGGGGUUUUAAACACCAAUGGAGAUGUUCUCUUUGCAGUGUUCUCUCAGUGGCAUGCAGCUUCUGGUAAAGUUGGUGAAGAAUCGGGUCUGUGUUUAUAUCCUAUGGAUCUUAUUGACCGCCUGAUCAAUCAGACUCGAGACAUUUGUUACACCAGGGAUGGGAAAGAUGAAGAUGACAGAGAAGUGGCAUAUAUUGAAUACGAUGUGAAGUCAAACUGUGUCCAGCUUCCUUCCGAUACACUAGAUGCUUAUCCAUGUGGCUCAGACCAUACUCCAAGCCCCAUGGCAAGCUGGGAUCCUCUGAAAGCUGCACCUGUGUUUGAGAGUCCAGAUGCUCGACUUACUGCCAUUGCUGUUACUGUAGAAGAAGAACACACAAUCGCGUUUAUUGGUGACAACAAGGGACAACUUAAUAAAGUUUACCUUGGAGGUAACAAUGAUGCCCGGCAGUAUGCCAGUGUGCCCACUCAGUCCAACACUGCUGUGUCUGCAGACCUGUUGUUCGAUCAGCCAGAAAAACAUCUGUACAUCAUGACUCAGUCUACGGUUACAAAGCUGCCACUUUCUGAAUGUUCCCAACAUACCGAUUGUACAUCAUGCCUUGCUGCAGGGGAUCCUUACUGCGGCUGGUGUGUUCUCCAUGGAAAAUGUAGUCGGAGAUACGAGUGUCUGCGGUCAGGAAAGAAGAAUCAGUGGCUUUGGGCUCAUGAUGAGAAUCAACGCUGCCUGACUGUACAGUCUCUAAGUCCAGCAAAUAUCAGUAAAGAAGAGAAGAGAAAUAUCUUCCUGUCCAUCCCUGACUUACCGUCUUUGUAUCAAGAAGAAUCCUACUCCUGUUUCUUUGAAGACUUUGAGAGUCGAGCAGUGAGGACAGAGUCUGGAGUCAUGUGUCCAUCUCCCGACCCCAGCAAAGCCCCUGUGAUCAAAGCAGGAACAGAUCAUGUGCGAGUCAAACUGCAGCUUCAGUUUGGGGCAGUGACCAUUACCACUGCGGAUUUCAUCUUUUACGACUGUACAGCUGUGGCCCAACUCUACAAAAGUGCCCCCUGCCGCGGAUGUGUGAGUAGUGAAUGGGGAUGUAACUGGUGCAUUCACCAGCAUGUCUGUACCCAUAAAGCCACAUGCGAAGAAGGAACAAUUAUCUACAAUAAGUUGGCUCAGUUUUCAAUGCCAGAACCAUCUCCAACUCCCAUCCUUGUACCAGAACCAGAACCAACAUCCAUUGCUGUUCCUACUACUACUACAUUUAUGACAACCACCCCAAGCCCAGUUCCUGAGACAACUACCAGCACAACUCCUGCCACCACAACAACUACUGUCCUAGAAACCACACCUACACCAGCCCCUACCACUAUACCAACCACCAUCAUUGUCACAACCAUAGUGACUACAAUAGAAGAUGUCACCACCCCAGAACCAGAGUUGACCACCUUUGAACCCACUAUUGAGGAAUCCACUCCAGAAAUAACAACUCAGCCUCCAACUGAAGAGCCAACCAGCCUUCCAACCACAGUGCCAACCACUCCACCUGUAGAUGUUGUCACAACUCUGGCUGUCACAGAUGGUUCCACCCUCUCUAUCACUUCUGAUAUUGAUAUGACUGAAGAGGUUUGGACAACCGAGGGUCCAACCACACCUCCUGACACUACAGUGCCUCCAUUGGUCCAGGCACCCACCACAUUUGAUACCGAAAGUGAAAUGACAUGGGUGACUACCACCCCUACACCAUCACCAGAGGAAUUUACAUCUGCCAUCCCUCCUAUUCCAACCACUGGCCAAAUACACAUUGUUCCCUCUUUACCUGACUUUCCUGAUGAUCUAGAAACUGAGAUUCCAUACUCUGAAGAGCCACCUACGAUUGUUAUGGAGGAACGAGCUAAAGAAAGCUUGGAUCAUACUGAGGCAGAUGACUGGGUGGACUCAGCCAACAUGGAAAAUGACACCUCCGCCUUCUCAGCUUCGACUAUCCUGUCUGGAGAUGGGGACGUUGAGGGAACAUCAUCUCAUUUUCCAUCAAUAAUCAAACAAGACUUAGAUUAUCAGUUUGAUGAUCCGGGUUUUAUUGAACUGAAUAAAGAGGAGCUGUUCUGGGGUCCAGAAGCAUGUCCCUGUGUGCACAGUAUUCAGAGCCCUUCCUUACUACCAGUCAACGUGGAGCGUAAAAUAACAUUAGUUGGAAAAAACUUUCACCAUUACCAGGAUUCCCAGUGGGACUAUGAGUGUGUCCUAAUUCUGGAGGGUCGGACAUUGAUAACAGAUGCCUUUGUGGAAAUGGAUACUGUGGAUCAGUCUAGUUAUUACAUUACAUGUCAGCUACACCAAUACAGUUACUCUGCUCCCCAGCCAGAGUUUAACGCGAUGGUCUAUGUGCAGAGAGAGCCAGACCUGCGGGUGGACAGUUAUGAGGAUCUCCAUGUGACUCUAUAUAACUGCUCAGUGGGACACACAGACUGCAGCCGAUGUCAGACUGCUGACCCCAAAUAUAACUGUGUGUGGUGUGGAGGAGAGCACCCCAGCUGUAUGUACCAAGAGUCGUGCACUGAAGAAGUAGAAGGAACAUGUCCUGCACCACUUAUCCACUCGAUUGAGCCGCUGUCAGGUCCUGUAGAUGGAAGUACAAGAAUUACAAUCACUGGCUCCAACUUGGGCCAAAAACUGGAAGACAUUCGUGGCCGGGUAUUUGUGGCCAAUAUUCCUUGUAUGGUGGACAUAAUUAAAUAUGAGAUUUCCAGCAGUAUAGUUUGUGUGACUGGGAAAAGCUGGUCCGAAAGGCCUGGUUAUGUUCUGGUAGAGGUUCCUGGUGGGCAACAUGGAGUUUCCACCCAAGUUUUUACUUAUCAGAAUCCUGUUCUUUCUUCUUUCUUUCCAUCCCGCGGGCCAAAAUCUGGAGGAACACAAUUGACUAUUACAGGAUCCAAACUUCUUACAGGGCGCCCCAGUGAUAUCCGGGUAUUGAUUGGAGAUAUCCCUUGUUACAUUUCCUCAGAAAUUCAGGAAAACCAGCUUGAAUGCCUGACUGGACCUAGCAAUGGCACCUCAGACUUCCGAGUAACCAUCUGGUAUGGAGAACAAGUUUUUAGCUUCCCUGAUGUAUUCUUCUCGUACACGGCGGACCCGAACAUCACCUCUGCCAGCCCUGCCAAAAGCUUCUUUAGUGGAGGGCGUGUGAUUAUGGUAUAUGGACAGAAUCUGGAUGUAGUACAAGCUCCAAAGAUCCGGGUCACGCUGUCCCCGUUGGAAAGAAGACGAAGACGGAGUCUUGGGAGGAAAAGACGCAUUGUUCCAGAGACAGAGUGCCCCGCAGGCUGGAUCUGCACUAUCCAAGAGUUUGAAGAGCUUUGCCAGGUGAAUUCCUCAUUUCUGCUGCUUUGUAAGACACCAGGCAUUACCCCUUUUCACCAGAGUCCCCGAGUCGACGUGGAGUUCAUCCUGGAUAAUCUUCAUUUCAAUUUUACGGUCAUCAACUCGGCACCAUUUACAUAUGUGCCAGACCCAGUGCUAAGGCAUCUGAAUGCUGAGGACCCAGCUAAACCUUAUCGACACAAGCCUGGCAGCGUUAUCUCUGUUGAGGGAGAGAAUCUAGACCUGGCCAUUACCAAAGAAGAGAUGAUAGCAAUGAUUGGGGAUGGAGUGUGCACAGUAAAAACCCUCACAAGUAACCAUCUGUAUUGUGAGCCUCCAGAGAAGCAACCGGCCCCACGUUACCCAUCCAAGAGAGAAGGCGUGGACCCCCUGCCUGAGUUUACUGUUCAAAUAGGAGGAAUUGAUCUGGUGCUUGGGAAGGUUCAGUAUGACACAGAGAGCCAGCUUACAUUCCCACUGGAGGCCCAGAUCAGCUUGGGAGUGGGUGCGUCCUUUGUGGCUUUGAUAGUUCUCAUCAUUGUGUUAAUUUACAGGAGGAAAAGCAAGCAAGCUCUGAGGGAUUACAAGAAAGUUCAGAUACAGCUUGAAAACCUGGAAACCAGUGUCAGAGAUCGUUGCAAGAAAGAGUUUACAGAUCUCAUGACAGAAAUGAUGGAUCUCACCAGUGAUUUAGUUGGCACAGGUAUCCCCUUCCUGGAUUACAAGUCAUAUGCAGAAAGAAUAUUUUUCCCCGGUCAUCGGGAAUCUCCAUUGCAUAGAGACCUUGAUGUCCCAGAGGGUCGGAGACAGACUGUAGAGCAGGGUUUGGUGCAACUAUCAAACCUCCUUAACAGCAAGCUAUUCCUUACCAAGUUUAUCCACACUCUGGAAAGUCAGCGCACCUUUUCAGCACGUGACCGGGCAUAUGUGGCAUCUCUUCUUACUGUAUCUCUUCAUGGGAAGCUGGAAUAUUUCACAGACAUCUUGAAGACACUUCUCAAUGAUCUUGUUGAACAAUAUGUUGCCAAGAACCCAAAGUUGAUGUUGAGGAGGACUGAAACUGUGGUUGAGAAGCUGCUGACCAACUGGAUGUCUAUCUGCCUUUACUCUUUUGUGAGGGACUCAGCUGGAGAACCUCUAUAUAUGUUAUUCCGAGGCAUCAAACAUCAAGUGGACAAAGGACCAGUAGACUGUGUGACAGGAAAGGCCAAGUAUACACUCAAUGAUAACCGUCUACUGAGGGAUGACGUGGAGUACAAGACCUUGACUCUCAAUGCAAUUACACAACCCACCACUGGCAGUGCUGUAGAAGAGGAAGGCCAAGGAGUCCCUGUGAAGCUAUUGGACUGUGAUACCAUCACUCAAGUAAAAGAGAAGAUCCUGGAUCAGGUUUAUAAAGGAACACCUUGUUGUCUUCGCCCUUGCCCAGAGAGCCUUGACCUAGAAUGGAGAUCAGGGCUGGCAGGACACCUCAUCCUCUCUGAUGAAGAUCUAACAUCAGUGGUUCAAGGGUCAUGGAAGAGGAUAAACACCCUGCAACAUUACAAGGUUCCUGAUGCAGCAACUGUAGCGUUGGUUCCUCGACUGAGUAAGCACAUCCACCCGGAAAACCAUGAUUAUAUCCCAGGAGAGAUGUUUACUUUUACAGAGACCCCAAUGCUGGAGGAUGCGGAUGAGGGUGGGAUCAAACUGUGGCACCUUGUUAAACCCACAGAAGAGCCAGAGUUACCAAAGCACAGAAGAGGGAGUUUGCGUGACAGGGAAAGAGCGAAGGCCAUCCCAGAAAUUUACCUGACACGUCUACUCUCCAUGAAGGGCACACUUCAGAAGUUUGUAGAUGACUUGUUCCAGGUUAUACUCAGCACUAGCCGUCCAGUGCCACUUGCUGUCAAGUAUUUCUUUGAUUUACUAGAUGACCAGGCGACACACCAUGGUAUCGCUGACCCAGAGACUAUUCACAUCUGGAAAACCAACAGUUUGCCUUUAAGGUUCUGGAUCAACAUAAUUAAAAAUCCCCAGUUUGUAUUUGACGUUCAGACCUCCGACAACGUGGACGCAGUGUUGUCUGUGAUUGCUCAGACCUUCAUGGACUCUUGCACACUUGCUGAUCAUAAGCUGGGUCGGGAUUCCCCCAUAAACAAGCUACUGUAUGCUCGGGACAUCCCACGGUACAAGCAGAUGGUGGAGAGAUAUUAUGCUGAUAUCCGGCAGACUAUCUCUGCCAGUGACCAGGAGAUGAAUUCCGCGUUAGCAGAGCUGUCCAGGAAUUGCUCAGGUGAACUUAAUUCAUUGGUGGCUCUUCAUGAACUCUACAAGUAUAUUAAUAAGUACUAUGAUCAGAUUAUUACAGCACUGGAAGAAGACUCGACAGCCCAAAAGAUGCAGCUCGGCUACAGACUUCAGCAGAUUGCAGCUGCUGUGGAGAAUAAAGUCACCGACUUGUGACCAAGACACAGGGACGGUCUUCCUUAUACUGAGUAAAACAGGUUCUCAACCAAGAGCCGAGAGAUUUUUAUAAAAUCGCGGUCGCUUUUGUGUCCUGCCUCCGAGACGCAGGCAGCCUCGCGGCUGGUUGUCACAUUCCCAACCAACGAGUGACGCAGAUGGCAACUAAUGGUGAAAAAGAAUAUUUUUUCUAUGAAAUUUUUUUUACACUCAGAACUUUAAUAUAGAAGAUUUUGACCCGCUCAAUGGGGUCAUCCUGUCAUCCUGCAUGUUACAAAGGAGCAGGAGAUUUUAUCUUCCCAUGUGCCAAGUCCAUCAUUAAUGGAAGGAGACAAAAGGAUGAAACAAGGCAGACUCUGGAUUUCUGGUUUAAAGAAUGUUUUCUUCACUAGCCUUCUGAGAAUGGAUUGGUGAACUUUACGCUGUAGACUUGAGUUGACUGUUCCAGUCGCAGUCCGAUUGACUGUGCACAAUGACGGAACAAUGGAACUCUAUAUGGACACAUUCUAUCACCUGACACAUGACCUUCUCCUACAUGGACAUAAGUAACUUAGGGGGGUCUCCAGUUCUAACUUCUCCUUCAUUCCUGCCCUUUAUAUCCACCUAGAAUAUUAUUUUAUUUUUUAACAAUUGUAAAGCUAAUUCUAUCAGAGAAGUAUUAUUUUAUUACUUUGUAGUCACCAUAUUUUUAUUCGCCUUUUGAGAAUCGUUCAUCUUUUCUGAAAAAAAAAGUAAAUAAAAGUCUUCCUUUUGAGCCCCAGCAGCCAACCCAAAUUUCAUCUGCCCCCCCCCCCCCCCCCCCCCCCCAUAAACUGUUUAGAUCAGAUUAUCAAAAAGAAUGACCAAAAGUAUCAUAUAAAAAACCUUAAAACCUACAGGGUACCUGAGACAACACGUCUUGCCCAUGUUCUGGUAGUUCAGUCUUGUCAUGUGAUUUGAAGCUACAUAACAAUACAUUCGACAAAGCCAUUGAUGUAAACAGAAAAGAGGGAACCCUAAAACCAAGAUCAAAACGGGCCAUUUCUUAUGAUGCUGAAUGUUACCAUGUGGGACAGAAGGGCCUGGUGUUCUUCUUCCCUCCUCCUACACACAUUUUUUAUGACUAGGGCAAAUUCUCUUUCCCUUCUUAGCUAACAAUACAUUUCCACUACAUAGGGGAGUCCUGCCCAGUGGCAGUCGGGGAUAGGAUCACCAGGGCUGGGCCCUGUCUCUCCAAUAUCCCCAUAGUGGCUGCAUGGUGUAGUAUGUAUGCCCUUGUCCAGGAAAUGGGACAGGAAGUGUUGUCCUAGGAGCUUUCCUGAAUAGGAAGUAUUGGGUGUAUUACUGCAAUCUAUUACUACAUAGUUUUUAUUAAUGUGUAGCGAAAAAACUUUGACUUUAUUGGUAGUUCUUCUUAAGAGUUUGUUCCCAAAUCUCUUUUUUGCGCCAAUACAUAUAAAAUAAAAAAUGAAGCAACUCUGCAUAUAGGCUCAGAUUUAUCAAACUGUAUGAGAGAAAAAGUGGAGAGAUUGUCCCCCAGCAACCAAUCACAGCUCAGCUAAUGAGCUCUGGUAAAGUGAAAGCUGAGCUGUGAUUGGUUACUGUGGGAAAAAUCACUCCACUUUUUCUCUCACACAAUUUGAUAAAUCUCCCCAAUAGUCUUGCUUUAUAAUCUGCUAUUGUUUUGUGUAUACAGCUCCUAUACAGACCUAUGUGUCUCCAUGGUUACAGACUUCAAACAAACCCUGAAUAAUCUGCUCCUACAGUCUACUCCAUCUCCUUCUCUACACUGGGGAAUUAGCAAGGAAAAGUUUCUCUUACGACCUUUCUGCUUCAUGAGUGCUGCCACUGCUAGAAAUAUAUUGAUAUAGCCAUAGUUAUCCUGUAUGCUUACAGUCCGUUGGUGCACGCUGGUCACUCCUGUCUCCUCCUGUUGCCCCGCCGGACUACCGUGCCUGAGACACCCCUCAGCAGUGAUGUGGCUGAUGCCAGAUCUCACACAUUCACUGUGUUCCAGGACUGUCACAUGGCUCUACAUCACUGCUGAGAGGUGGCUCGGGCUCAGUGGUCCGGCAGGGCUACAGGUGAAGAUUGGAGCGGUUCAGGUGACCAGAGCACCAACGGACUGUAAGCAUACAAGAUAACUAUGGCUGUAUUGAAUUAGUUUUUGCAGUGGCAAGGAAGUCACUUGUGGAUUCUGCCGGAUGGCACUCUGCGGCUUCUACCAAAAGGAUGAUCUUGUUAUUCUUUCCGUGGAUUAAUUUCCGCCGCUGUCACACUAAGAUUUAGGUUCAUGCUGGGGAAUUCCUAAGUGCAAUUCCGUUCACAGAAAUUCUGUAGUGUGAGCAUAACCUAUCUUAGCGGAAAAGUGAAAGCAGAGAGAGUGGCGUAACACAUGACUGCAGCUUCAGACUACACCAUUAGUUUGCAGUCUGUAACCAUGGAGACACGUGAGCAGGAGCUGAACAUCCAAAAAGUUGCUUCAUUUUUCAGUGCAGAUGAAUUAGAGGAACAAAACAAAUUGGUUGUAAACUUGGACAUACCUUUUAAAGUGUACCUGUCAUGGAUAAAAACUUUUCAGGUCACAAAGACAAAAAAGUUUUAAUCGGUUGGGGUCUCAUUGCUGAGGCGUUUUACCGAUCAUUAGAACAAGCAAAGAGAAGCAAACGGUAGCAUGCUUCGCUCCCUGUCUCAUUAAGAGCCAGGGAGUGAAGCAUGCUACCACAUGCUUCUCCCGGCUCAUUGUAAUGUUAGGCAGGGGUCUCAGCACUGAGACCCCAACCAAUCAAAACUUUAGAAAUGUCUCUGUGACUUGUCAUAAUUUUUUAUUACUGACUGGUGCACUUUUAGUGAAAUCUGGUUGGCUGUGCUUGGGCUGUAGACGGUACAUUACUGCACUAAAUCUCAAAGUAGAUGCUUAUUUAUUAGUUUCAGUGUGAGACACAGAACCGCUCUAUUAGAUUCCAUGUCUUUUGGCAAUUUGCUGCUCCGAACUGGAUGUGUAUAUACCGUAGCUAUGAAAGAAGAUAUUUAAGUACUAAAGGAGGAUUGUAAUUUAUUUUUAAGGCGGCACGUUGCCCUGGGAUACUCACAUCUAGUUUUUAUGUUUAUUUUGGAUUUUAUUUUUCGUACUAGUUUUUAUGAUGAUGCAUUCCCGCAUACGGCUCCCAGCUUUCACUUGUGCUGCCUUUUCAUAAAAUUAUUAGAAUUUGUGGUUAACAUAAUGUAAAGAAAUAAAACUUGAAAGUGAAUCUUACGAGAUCCUAAUAACCUGUUAGACGAUGGUCGGAAAGCUUAUGAAUCUGUGAAGUGAUAAACUGUUUGUGAAUGUAAAACAAAACCCGACACAAAGUACAUCUAAUGAGAACAAAGUAGUCCUUACACAAACUGCUCAAUAAAAGUCAAUAUGUUCCAA